ACCGACUUCAACAUCGAGGGUCUUUCACUGCCGAGGAGACCGCACCACCAGUGGGCCUUGUUUCAUGAGGAGUCGCCCAAAAACAACUACAAGCUCUUCCAUGAGUCUCUCUUUAACCACACGGUCACCUUCAGCCAUCACUCCUACCUGCCCCUCACCUCCCAGUAACUAGAAAGCCUGGAGGACCUCACCUCUCAGACCCACCUGGUGCCCCUCACCCAGAACAACAAGCUGAGGAAGACACUAGCCCCUGUGGUGUAUGUCCAGUCAGACUGCGAGUCUGCGACCCUCGGGACGCCUAUGUGAGCGAGUUAAUGAAGCACAUCCAGGUUGAUUCCUUUGGACAAUGCCUCCACAACAAAGACCUGCCUCCACAUCUGAGGGACUUGACCGCCAUGGAGGAGCAGGCCUUCUACCAGAUCCUGGCCUUUGAGAAUGCCAUUUGUGAUGACUACAUCACCGAGAAACUGUGGAGGCCUCUCAAGCUCCGGGUGGUCCCCGUGGACUACAGGGCUCCCAUAGUUGCGGAGCAACAGGAGUUUGUGGUCGUCUUGGUCGAGCCCCCAGAAAAACUGGCUUUGUAUCUGAAGAGGUUAGAUGAGGUUAACGGGGAGUAUGCCAGUUAUCUGGAGAGGUAG